AGGUAGCGCGGAAUUGUACCUACUCAGGAAAAGAAUAAAAUCCUUCUUAAUUCAUUGUAAAUUAAAACAUUUAUUGAAUUCAGUGCAGUAAUUUGUAUUCUGUGAUACAGUGUAUCCUUGUCAUGAUGAAGUGAAAAUUUAAAUUGUAGCGUUAUUGUGAAAAAUCUGUGAUAGUAACUUGACGUUCAAUCCACGUGGUGUACGUCACAUUGGGUAUACGUGUAAAAGAAUAACAAAUUAAAGUUCUUUUUAUAAAUUUGUAAUAUAUUUUUGCAAUAUGGAAACCAUAAAUAUGUCCAGACUAAAUUUAUCAAGUAUCAGAACCAAUUUACCAAAUGAAAAUGCUCAAAAACCACUCGCUGACGUAAAAUUCGACACAAUUGCAUUAAUGGAUCCGGAUGAUGAUUACCACUGCGAGUACUGGGAAGACAUCUGGGAUAACCUGCUGAAGCAAGAGACUGAAAAACCCGUCAUACACUUCCAGUCACCUCAAUUGAAAUUCCGCGGUGCUCUGGUUCAGCAGCUGCGGGAAGUGACGAGGAAGCUGGGGCUGACGCUGGGCACCCUGCACACCGCCGUCGCGCUGCUCGACCUAUUCAUGGACUGCCAUAUACUGCGAGACGAUAGACUGACACACGUGGCGCUGGCCUGCUUGAGUCUAGCAGCCAAAAGUGAAGAGAACCUGAGCAAGGCGCCGACUCUCAAGACAUUGGCCAAAGUCAGCGGGGUGCAGCUGUGCGGGAAGACGUUCAGGCAGCUGGAGUGGAUGGUCGGUCAGCACGUGCGGUGGAGGCUCCUGGCCCCGACCCCCGUCACCUUCGCAGCCCUUCUCGCUCAGUAUGUGGUGACAGACUCCGAUCUGGUCACUCGACAUCCCAAGUUCGUGAGACGCUUCAAGAAGGAUGGAGCUAAGCUGCUCGAGGCUUAUCUGGAUUUGACGUUGUCGAACGUGCGUCUGAAGAGCUCAGCGGCGUGCGCGGUGGGGUGCGCGUGCGUGGCGGCGGCGCGCGCGGCGCUCGGCCUGCACGCCUGGCCGCGCUGGCUGGCCGAGCGCGCCCGGGCCGACGUGGACACCGUUGCCCCAGUAGCGCAUCUGCUGCAGCGAAUGAUGAAGGUGCUCAAGUCUCGGGAGACGGAGGUGGAGGACCAGGGCUACGGCAGCGCGAGGACUUCCCCCAACAUCACGCCUAGCGCCUCGCCCAAGUACACUUCAACACCCGGCUCCACUUGCCCCAACACCAGCGACAGGCGCGCGGGGACCACGCACCCGUACCUUGAGCUCGACGAUUCCAAGAUCGGCGUCUCUAACGUCGAGUACUACCUGCCCCAGGUGGAGGUUAAGUGUCACAAGGUGACCACGCAAGACGACUACAGGUUCUGCCGCAACGCCAGGCUCAUAGAAGCCAGCUACGGCGUCGAACCCAACAUGGCUGUGAAGCGCGGUUUGGAUAGCGUAGACAUAGAUAGGAAGAGGUACAGGCUAACCGCGCAGAUGUCACAGGUGGUCCUAUGAUCGAUCGGUAUCCAGAUGUUUCGUGUGUCAGGUGGGGUAAGAGGAUAAAUUGUUCUCGCGACGGGCGAAGAAUGAUUGUGCAUAGUAUUAUACAUGUGAAUGCUCUCUCUGGCAUAAAUGUCUCGCUGGGGCGAGAGACUGGUGUGGCCGGACUCUCCUUCCCCAGUUAACUAUCUUACCCCAUCUACAUAGUCAAGAUGACUGCAUUUCUGAUAGACAUGUCAUUAUUAUAGACUGCUAGCGAACAGUGACAUGUUCAUUUAUGUAGCAUAUCGUGUGGACGUAAGCUGAGAGAAUGUAAAUUCAAUAUAAUAAUCUCGUAUAAUAUUGUAAAAGUUAUAUAUGCAGGAGAACGUAAGAGUGAUGUAAUGUAUUAUAAAAAAAACUAAUAUAACCUUUACUUAUAAAUUAUUAAUUUUAGUCAUGAUACAUGGCUAGACUAGCAGUAGCACCUGCAAAUGGUAAUAAGACUGCAAAUUACAUCACUCUUUUCCAUAAUAUCCUGAAAAUAAAAUUUAUCGUAGCAUAUAUUUUUAUCGUUGAAUAAGUUGCGUAGCAACCGAUUUCUCGAAAACUUAAA